CUCGCUGCAAGCUCAGAGCAAGCAAGCAGCACCACCGAGCCUCACCAUCGAAUCCUUGGUAGCGAGCUUGCUUCCCAGCAGAUCGAUUUGCUCCAUCGGUCGAUCAGCUAGCAGAGAUGGCUGCUGCCUCCUCCACGUCGAGGACCAACUCGCGGGUGAACUACUCGAACGAGAUCCACGACCUCUCCACCGUGCAGAGUGGCUCCAUCCCCACCAUGUACUACCCGGAGAAAUCCCUGGCCGACAUCUUCCCGCCUCACCUCCUCAAGAAGGUGAUCUCGGAGGUGGUGGCGACGUUCCUGCUGGUGUUCGUGACGUGCGGGGCGGCGUCCAUCUACGGCGAGGACCUCAAGCGCAUCUCGCAGCUGGGGCAGUCGGUCGUCGGGGGCCUUAUCGUCACCGUCAUGAUCUAUGCAACGGGCCACAUCUCCGGCGCGCACAUGAACCCCGCCGUCACGCUCUCCUUCGCCUGCUUCCGGCAUUUCCCCUGGAUUCAGGUGCCGUUCUACUGGGCGGCGCAGUUCACGGGGGCGUUGUGCGCCGCGUUCGUGCUCAAGGCGGUGCUGCACCCGAUCGAGGUGCUGGGCACGACCACGCCGACGGGGCCGCACUGGCAUGCCCUCGUCAUCGAGAUCGUCGUCACCUUCAACAUGAUGUUCGUCACCUGCGCCGUCGCCACGGACUCCAGGGCGGUGGGUGAGUUGGCCGGGUUAGCAGUCGGUUCCGCGGUUUGCAUUACAUCCAUCUUCGCAGGGCCUGUGUCCGGCGGAUCGAUGAACCCGGCGAGGACGCUGGCGCCGGCGGUGGCCAGCAACGUCUACACGGGCCUCUGGAUCUACUUCUUCGGCCCCGUCAUCGGAACGCUCUCCGGCGCCUGGGUCUACACCUACAUCCGCUUUGAUGAGGCCCCCGCUGCCAAGGACGAGCCCCAGAGGCUCUCCUCCUUCAAGCUCCGCCGCAUGCAGAGCCAGUCCCUCGCCGCAGACGAAUUCGACGCCGUCUAGGGUUCCGACUGGCCCGGCCGGUGCAUGCACUCAUGCACGCCUCACCCUUCGUGCGUGCGUGCGUGCGUGCAUGCAUUCAUGUGUAGUGUGUACCACUGUACCUGUAUGGACGUGCACGCGCAAUGCGUGUACGUGCGAGCGGUACUAGUCCAAAGUAUGUACCACGUGUGUGUACGUGUACGGUGUACUUGUGUGCUCGCUCUGUUCAAGACUUCAGAGUGGGAGAGAACUCGAGCUGCGUGUAUGUAUUCUUCUCCCUGCGCCAACGUGCCUACGUACGUAAGCCUCGUUGACCUGCGGAGUAGUAUAUUUUUUAUACUCUCUCUUAUCAUAAAUACAUAUCAUUUUAAAUAA